CUCUGUAGUUUCUGUUUAGAUUUCUCUCAGAUUACUUCUAAUUUGCAAAAGUGGGAAACUUUCACCUUGCUUUUACUGUUAGUUUGCAAGAAACAGAUUGAGAAAACAAAGUUCCAAUUGCGGAGAUUGUUGUUAUUGUCAUAAAUUUCAAAUAACUCCUUUGUUACUUAAAUUGGUUGCCUUGUGAGUUGUCAAAUUAGAAGCCAAUAUGCAGGCUUGUAGUGGGACUGCAGUCAUGGGUUCUAUUCAACAAUCCAUUUGGGGAAAGGGAUCGGCUUUCCCUCCAAAAGGGUUGGGUUUCAAUGGAAUUGCUCAUCAGGUUAAAACCAAUUCAAUUAUUAAACCUUUUAGAUCUUCUCAACUUGAAGAGAGCUUAGUCACUGGGAGGCCACCUUCUUCUGUUUAUGUUUCUGCACCGGAUAGUCGAGGUAAUGGGAGCAACUUUACGGACUUUGGCCUGGGUGUAGCUGAUUCUGAAGUACGUUCAAUUAUCGACAAAGAAAAGCAACGGCAAUUCAAAAGUUUAGAGCUUAUUGCUUCUGAGAAUUUUACAUCAAGAGCAGUGAUGGAAGCUGUUGGUUCUUGCCUCACGAACAAGUAUUCUGAAGGACUACCGGGCAAAAGGUAUUAUGGUGGCAAUGAGUAUAUUGAUGAGCUAGAAACUCUCUGUCAAGAAAGGGCUUUGGCCACAUUUCACUUGGAUGGGAAGAAGUGGGGUGUCAAUGUUCAGCCAUUAUCUGGUUCUCCUGCUAAUUUUGAGGUUUAUACUGCACUUCUGAAUCCACAUGACCGCAUCAUGGGUCUGGACUUACCCCAUGGGGGCCACUUGUCUCACGGUUUCAUGACUCCUAAACGACGGGUAUCCGCCACAUCCAUAUACUUUGAAUCUAUGCCUUACCGAUUAGACGAAUCUACAGGCCUUGUUGAUUAUGAUAUGCUUGAGAAAACAGCUACUCUCUUUCGGCCAAAACUCAUUAUUGCUGGUGCUAGUGCUUAUCCUCGAGAUUUUGACUAUCGUCGCAUGAGGAAGAUUGCAGAUUCUGUUGGUGCUUUUCUCAUGAUGGAUAUGGCUCAUAUAAGUGGACUUGUUGCUGCUUCUGUAGUUGCUGAUCCUUUUGAGUACUGUGAUGUUGUAACAACAACAACACACAAGUCUCUGAGAGGACCUAGAGGCGGCAUGAUUUUCUUCAAGAAGGAUCCUGUUCUGGGUGUUGAUUUGGAAUCUGCCAUUAACAAUGCAGUUUUCCCCGGGUUACAGGGCGGCCCUCAUAACCAUACUAUUGGGGGACUUGCAGUUUGCCUGAAGAAUGCUCAAUCCUCGGAAUUUGGGGCUUAUCAAAACCAGGUGGUUUCUAAUUGUCAAGCUCUUGCAAGCCGCUUGAUCACAUUGGGAUAUGAACUUGUUUCAGGAGGAAGCGAUAACCACUUGGUUCUAGUGGAUCUCAGACCACUAGGUAUUGAUGGGGCUCGGGCAGAAAAAAUUCUUGAUAUGGCAUCAAUAACACUUAACAAGAAUUCAGUACCUGGUGAUAAAAGCGCGUUAGUACCAGGCGGCAUCCGGAUUGGAUCACCUGCUAUGACUACCAGAGGUUUCACAGAACAAGAAUUCAUUGCAACAGCAGAUUUCAUUCACGAAGGUGUGCUGAUAACGCUUGAUGCAAAGCGGUCUGUUUCAGGUUCAAAGCUCCACGACUUCAUGAAGUUUGUGGGGUCCCCAGAUUUCCCGUUGAUGGAUCGAGUGGCCGAUUUGAGAAGAAGAGUUGAGGCUUUAACAACCAAAUUCCCAUUGCCUGGAUUAUGAGAGGUGUUGCCGAAAACAGAUAGAAAAGAGAAGAAAAAAAAAAAGGUAAUCAUGUCCUGUUUCAGAGAACUAAAUACUCUUGGGUAGGUAAGAUGAUGCACAAUUUUGAUUUCGAGGAGUAAUAGUGAUCAUGUGUCUGUACUCUGAUUUUGGCUAGCUUUGUGCUUCACCUUUGUUGUUGAGAAAUGGAAGUCGUAAGUAGAUAUUGUACUUGUGUUUGUUUUUAUAAGAUACGAGAAUUGAGAGUUCGGUUUGUGAAUUAAAGCCAGGGAACCCUCUUCUCUGACAGGAUCUAUUUGAAGCAUACACUAUUCCGAUUUCCUUUCA